AGUCGUCGUCAACUCUGGGGCUCAUGGAACUUUGACGAGAUCAAGCUGCCGUGCAUGAAUUCGAACCAAGUAAAACUGGUUUAAUAAACACAUUUAAAGCCGAACGACCUGUGUUUAAAUCAGUAGAGGAUCUGGAGAUCAAAACAACAACACAACUGGUCAACCAAAAUACUCCAUAACAAAUACACAGAAAUAUGCAAAUAUAUUCACGGUUUGUGUAAUUUAGAGGAGGACAAAGACUUUGGGUCUUUAUUUUAUUUAAGUUUUUGAUUGGAUCAACACAUAAUUCAACGAGAAACAAUUAACCACCUAACAUUUAAUGUAUGUUUAAAUCUGUAAUAAAAACGAACUAAAAUAACUAUGUGGCUAACCGCUGUGCCAGUGUAGUGGUUCGGAAGCAGAAAGCACGAACUUCUGGGUUCAAUUCCCAGAGAAACAUGCAACAAAUCGACUGUUAACACAAAAAUGUCCUUAAUAUGGGAUCAACAAAAAUGUAAUUUAUUAUUUUUAAACAAUAGCAGGUCUGUGUCAUCCCUGCAGCCAUGUUGGAUUACCUUAUUUAUUUAAUGUUGUGAGCGCGUUAAGAUGUGGGUUAGUGUUUCGUACUUUGUUAGACGUCAAACUGUUUUCCUUCCUCCAAAGGUUAUGUUUAGUUUACCUUUAAAUAACAAGUCACAGCAACCGUGGAACAGCAGAGGGCGCCCUAACAUCACGUCAACAAUAAUCAGCACGGACAAACCUCAGUGUAUUUGGAUUAUGAUCGCUUCAUGUUCCUGAGUUUGUUCUUGUCAUCGCUGUGAUUAUGACACGACACAGGAGAAAAAACUACGGCCGCUGUGACACUGACCAUAUAUGGGCGGGGCGACCACGUAACAACAACACAAACAGCCCUGCUUCCGGUUUGUGGAUGUAGCUGUCAGACUACAGUGACUCUCCAAACAUCUCCUCCGUGGCCUCUCCAGACCUCGGAGAACAACAACGUCGGUUUCAGCUCGAGCUGCUGGGCUGAGUUUUCACCGUCUCAGGUCCGCGGCCCCAGGACGGUCCGCCUCGUUUUAGCGACAGGGUCGUUGCUACGUGUUUAUGUGUCCAAACAAGUGUUAGCAUGAGCGAAGGAGAUGUUUUUCAUGAGAAGCAACGACUGGAGCUCUGUGCCAUCCAUGCCCUCAACAACGUGCUCCAGGAGCGGGUGUUCACCAAGGAGACAGCCGAUGACAUCUGCAAGAGACUGGCUCCACAGUCUGUGGUGAACCCUCAUCGCUCAGUGUUAGGCACUGGAAACUAUGACGUCAACGUCAUCAUGGCGGCUCUACAGAGCAGAGACCUGGCAGCGGUGUGGUGGGACAAACGCAGGACUUUACAGAGUUUGUGCGCGUCGAAGGUCCAGGGCUUCAUUCUCAACGUCCCAUCACGAGUGUCACUUGGGUUUGUGUCGCUCCCACUUCGACGGCGGCACUGGCUCGCAGUUCGCCAGGUUAACGGACAGUACUACAACCUGGACUCCAAACUGAAGAACCCCUUGUGUAUUGGUGGGGAGUCUGAGUUACACUCCUUCUUCAGCGAACAGCUGUCUCAGGAUGUGGCCGAGUUGCUCCUGGUUGUUCAGAGGGAGGUGGAGGAGGACGGUUCAUGGCUGAACUCAGACAAUCCCAACUAGUGAUGCCUUUGAGCAGGACAAAGACCAGUUUAUCAGCCUGGGAAACCACAGGUUGACGUGUCAGACCUGGUCAGGAAAAGUCUCUUCAGGGUUUGCACUGAAACACAUUUAACAUAUGCAACGGUACUUAAACUCAGGGGAAGUUCCAAAGAGGAGUCGGGAUCAAGGUCUGCUUCCAUUGACUGGACUCAUUUGUUUUGAUACCAACCCUGUCCCUGCAAAGAGAUAUUACUGCAGCAUCAAGGGAAACACUGGUCGGGCGAGGGGGGCGGCGGGGAGGUUGACUGUCAGGACUCAUUGGCUACAGGUUGGAUAUAAAGGGGGAAACGUGGCACUGAUGUUCACAGAACGUCCUGAAUGUUUAAAAAGGAAUCGAUGAUUUAUUAGAAAAUAAACCGUACACAGAAGGAGUUACUGAGCUGCUUGGUAGAAGAAUGGAAUAAAACCAGAGCAGCCAAUGACAGACCUUUGUUUUCCCUCAGUGACAAGGGCUGCGGCCAGAGCUGGUGCCCUGUGAUGUCAUCACUCUGUGUACCUUUAAUACAAAAACAAUAACGGAAAGAAUGGAAACAAAUGUCAGUGUUCAAAUCCCUGGGACGGUGCCCUUAGGAUAUUAGUAGAAGUUCUUGGGUCACAGUGUAUCAGACGUCAGGCAGCACCUGAGUGACCUCAGCCUCUAACCUCUGACCUCUAAAACCGCUGCUCUUUAUAGUUCUCCCAUAAAGGGUGAAUCAGUGUUCAUUUUGAUGGCAUUUUUAAAUUCAAAGUUAGUCUGAUUUUUUUUUUUUUGACUAAAUGUAAACUAACCUUGGUCCCAGUUAAUUCAGUAUUUCAGUUAAAUUAGUCCAAAUUAUUAUUCGACUAAGUUUGAUUUUCUUGACUAAAAUGCAGUGUGAAAUUAAAUACUACUACGUUCAAACAGCGAACUGUUUUACCAUACAUUUAUAUUGAACAUCGUUUUUAUACAUUUGUUGUUAUUUACUGUUGUUAUUAUUUUGCCGAGGUUGAUAAUCAAUACAUCCGUUGAUCACACGAUAAAUAAAAAUCAUCGAUCGUU